AUGCCGCCGAGUUCCAUAGACACCACAGUCUCCGGUGACAUCCACCAUUCCGCCCCUCCAUCGCCUUCCACCGCCAUGAGCUCACCCACCCACUCCGCACCACCUCCUGAAUACCAGACGACGAGCUUAGACGAUGUUUUCGGCUCUUCUCCUACCUACACCACAGGUUUCCCUGCUGAUUCCUCCCACGGCGCAUCUUUUUCGGUCGCAGAACCCUCCGAUCUCCCCUCUCUACGCCGACAGCAUGUCACUGCGGGGUAUCGUGACGGGGUGUCGGCCGCAAAGCACGAACACGUCCAGCGAGGCUUUGAUGCCGGCUUUCCGGUUGGUGGGCGGCUGGGGAUGAGAGUCGGUGUGGUUCUGGGUGUUUUAGAGGGAUUGAUCAACUGCUCUAAUAGAGAGACUGCAAUUACAAACGGCGAUGGUGGAAGCUCAACGGAUAUUCGGAGCCUGUACGAUCUCGCAAGAGCAGAACUGGACGUCCAGAAGGUUUUCGGGAGUCUGAUUAAUACAGAUGAUGAAUCGGAGCAGCGGCAAGACCCUUGCGUGGCGCUGGAGAAGGCAGGGGAGGAAACGGUCUCCAAAUGGGAGGAGACUGUGAUGAAAUUGAUCCCGAACCAGAGCUGA